AUGGAUUUACCAGGGAAGAGAUUUCUGCUUAACCUUGAUACCGAGGCUAUAGAGUCCAUUGGGCCUGAAACGCUUCAAACUCCGUCGUCAGUAAUGAUACGUGAUAUCCAGGAAAAGUCAAUUGUUUUUAGUGAGGUCUCUGCCCCCACCUUAAAGUCACAGAAUAAAGGCUUUCCCCAACCUAAGAAACGAGCCGGGAGAUUUUCAAAAUCCUCUUCCGGCGUCACGGGCAGUGAGCCGAGACCGAAACAGAUCCCCACUAGCGUAUCUGUCACAUCGGAGUUGUUGGGAUUAUCUGAGGUUAGCCAUGCCGAACGGCUCAGUAUCGGCCAAGAAAACCAGCAAAUACUUAAUUCCAUGUCUACAAACGAAAUCGAAGCGGAAAGACAAGAAUUAUUUACGCGCCUGGAUCCGAGUUUGAUUGAACGGCUAUUAAAACGAGCUAACCUUGACCAAGGACGCGGCGAUACAGGAACAGAGCCACAAGAGAAUAUUGUGGACAGUAGCUAUUUAUCAAAUGAAAAAUCCGAAGAAUCAGAGAAGACUUCCCACCAAUUCGGCACGUCAGAAAGAAAUCCAACUCAAGAGUCAACUGAGAAGAUAAAAGCAACGAGAGAUCUAAAAUCAAAUUUUGAUGAUGAAACACAGACACCAAUCGAUAUUCAUCCCGCCUCUGAAUACCCAAUUCCGACAAUAAUUCGGCCAUCGAUCCACUUUCCCACGGGUGCUGCAACGCCCGAUCUAGAUCCAUCCGAUCCGGCGUUUCUUGAGACACUACAUUCUAAAUACUUUCCUUCACUACCAGUAGAUCCAUCCAAACUUGCUUGGAUGGCCCCCUUACCAGCUCAUGGCUCUGCUGCUGACCAAAAGUCAUCCUACCAUCCCGGUCAAUCUGAUCUUCCUGCAUCCGCCUUACGCUUCAGUUUUCGGGGUGGUAUUCUUCCCCCGCGUAUUGCACGGGCAGUUCCCGUCACUAAAGGACUUCAUCAUCAUGGCGAUGCACCAGAAGCAGCAGGCUAUACCAUUCCAGAACUAGCUCAUCUUGCCCGCUCAGCGUAUCCUGCACAGAGAUGCAUCGCUUUCCAGACUCUCGGCCGGUUACUCUAUCGUCUAGGGAGAGGCGAAUGGAAUGGUGAGGACAGCGAUAUUUCCCGAGGCCUAUGGUCCUGUCUUAGAGAAACUCAUGUAAUUUCGACAUUGGAAGAAGCUGCAUCUAUGGAAUGUGGGCAUCAAGGUAGCAAGGCGUACGCUAUCGAAGCUAUAUGGCUUUGGCAGAAAGGAGGUGGAAAGAUGGGGCCAGAUCCCGUACCCACGCAUAACUAA